UAAUAUUUUCGCCUGGGUGUGCACACACUUGAUGCGUCUUCUGUACUAAAACGUCAUGGCAACCCAUCUGAUAGCUGUUGAGAUAUCUCAGUGUGGACUAAAGUUGUGGGAUGAUGAAAAUGCACUGUAACCAAAUAUGAAUCUGCUCUUCAUUCAAAACGCUGCCAAGAUGGUUCCCAGAUUGGGCAACACCCAAGUUCUCAUUUACCUACUGUGUAUCACUGCCAUUGGUGUGUUAUCUAGAUAUUCAUGGGAUAUGUCUUUACAUUACCUCGGCCCUGAGAAUUCAGGUCUUUGUGCCUGUCACAAAUGUUUAACAGAGAGUGAUCCAUGGUUUAGGGAGCUCAUCAAUUCUUCUCCAACACCCUUUUUGUCAAGAAACUAUACAAGCUCAGAGGAUGAUUUCAUUUGGUGGAAGCACAUCCAGAAUGAAAGACGUAACUUCGAUUUCUACAAGACAACAGUGGACAGGCUGUUUCAGAUUUUCCCACCCAUUCCAGAUGUUGUAGGACCCAGCCCUGACCGCUGCAGGACUUGUGCUGUGGUGGGGAAUUCUGGUAAUUUGAAGGGAUCACAUUAUGGACCUCUGAUUGAUUCUCAUGAUAUCAUAAUAAGAAUGAACCAUGGCCGUACCAAAGGCUAUGAAGCAGAUGUUGGGAACAAAACAACACACCAUGUGAUGUAUCCAGAGAGUGCUAUAAAUCUGGACAACACCACACAUCUUGUGCUGUUUCCAUUCAAGAUCGAUGAUUUACUAUGGCUCCUCAAAUCCUUCGAUCCAGGGGAAAACAGUGCUAACAAGGCGAGGAGAGCUAACAAAGAUUUGGUGAUGAUCCUCAAUCCAGCUUUCAUGAAAUAUGUUCAUGAAAUGUGGUUGGGAAAGAAGGGCAAUUAUCCAUCCACUGGCUUUCUGACUUUGGCUCUCAGCACGCAAAUGUGUGAUGAGGUCAAUGUUUUUGGGUUUGGAGCAGACAGAGAUGGAAACUGGAACCAUUACUUUGAAAUUCUCAAAAACAAACAGCUGAGAACUGGACCUCAUGCUGGAAUGCAUGAACAUGAAGUUAUUCUGAAAUUAAAGGAGCAGCAGAAAAUUGGUGUUUUUAAAGGAUGGUAAUUUCUUUCUUUGUUUGUGUCUUCCUUUAUUUGUCAGUGGCAUUAACAUGAGCACCAAGUACUUUAGCUUUAAGAGAGAAACGGAAAAUAAAUGUUUGGCAGUUGACUUGGCCUUUUAUUAGUUAGUUAGUAAUUAGUUCUGAGCCUAAAAAGAGAUUAUGAAUGGGCAGAAUAUCUACUGUCAGAGAGAGACAGCAGAGACAGAUCCUAACCAAGUCCAGGCUCAGUGAGCACAACCUGGAAAUUGAAAAAGGAAGACACAAACAACGUAGAAACCAAAAGAAAACUUAUAUAGUAAUAUGUGGUCACUGUUGGACAGGUGAUGUUGAGACAGAGAUGCACUUCCUGUCCUACAAUGUAAAACAUUCAUUUGAACAAAUGAAAUCCUGUAAUCCCAGAUUUCAACAAUGUAUAUGACCACUCAAAAUUAAAAUGAAUCCUACGAGAAGGAGACAGGGCAUAUAUUGAUGCCCAAUAUGAGUGCCACAUACAGUGAGUGAAAAUUGUUCAAAUUUAUUUCAAGUUAUUUUUUUAUACACAUAUUACACCUAUCUCCAAUAGAAAGCAUUACAAACUGUGCAUGCGUUUGAAAGAUAUGGGCAUAUACCAGGCAGGGAGGGUCAACCUUUAGUUUAAUAUAUAUAUUUUUAGAUGGGUCUGUCAUUGAUAUGAAUUAUGUGUGUAUAUAAAUGUUUUCUCUUCCACACAGAGGCCCUAUAAUGUGUACAGAUACCAGAUUUAAGAUGUGAUUUGCCUUUAGAGUAUUUGUUCCUGCCUGUUCACACUUACAUUUUUUCCUCUGUUGCAUCUGUUUGAUAAUUAGUCUUUGCUUCUUCCAUUAAUGACCCAUGUGUAAUCAGGUGCUGUCAUAUUAACAUUGAACUUUCAAACUGUUUUUAGGACUUUCUAUCCUCUGUUUGCCAUCUUGUGGGGCUUGAUUUUUUUCCUGCUGCUUGCUGACCAGCAGGUGUUAGUGAUUUGAGUGGACUGCUGUGCCUCUUCAAGCAAUGCCUGUUUUCUUUUGACAUUUGUCUGAAUGAGAUCUUGCAGAUUGAAACGUUGCUUUAUAAAAAGGGAAUAAAAAUAAUCAUUUGGA